AUGUCACUUUCACCGUCACUCUUCCCUGCUGUGAGAGUUAGCAACCUUGCGCUGGUGAAAUUGCUGCUGGAUGACGGAGCAAAUGUCAAUGAAGUAGAAUCCACCAAUGAGACGCUCUUACACGUGGCCUGUUCUAUUGGGAAUCUGGAGCUGGUUCGGUUGCUUUUGGACAAAGGUGCCAAGACCUCCCUGGUUGCAGAUGAUGGGUGGGCGCCCUUACACUGCGCAUGCCUACACAACCAUUUCAGGAUUGUUGAAAUGCUUUUGGAAGCUGGUGCUGAUGUGAACGUGAUGGAAAAAGAGCAAUGGACGCCAUUGCACCUUGCUUGCACCAACAAUUUUCUGGACAUUGCUGAAUUGUUACUGGAUGCAGGUGCCGAGCUUGAAACGACACAAAGUUACCAUCGGACGCCACUGCAUCUCGCCUGUUUGAAUGAUAAUUUGGACGUUGCUGAGCUCCUUCUAGACCGAGGUGCUGACAUGGAAGCGGCAGAUAGAGACGAAUGGCGUCCUCUGCAUCAUGCUUGCAAGGAUAAUUACUUGGAACUUGCGGAGUUGUUGCUAGAUCGAGGUGCCGAUAUAGAAGCCGGUGACGAAGACGGUUGGUCCUCUUUGCAUCUUUCUUGUCGCUAUGGCCAGCUGGAGAUAGCACGGCUGUUGCUACAUCGGGGUGCCCUGCCCGCCACAACUACACAACAUGGUCGCACCCCGCUGCAUUUUGCUUGUCAACAUUCUUACGCGGAAGUCGCACAACUGCUUUUGAAUAAGAAAGUCAAUAUAGAAGCGCAAGACGAAGAUGGCUGCACCGCUUUGCACCUUGCAUGUCGAUACGAUCGUCUCAAAGAAACUUCGCGACUUUUGUUGCAGCACGGCGCAGAUAAAGAGACGAAUGAUAAUAAUCAGUGCACACCAUUACACCUGGCCUGCCGGUAUGGUUGCUUUGGAGCAGUCAAAGUGCUGCUUGAUCAAGGUGCCUCCAUGCAAUCAAAAGCAAAGCAGGACAAAACACCACUGCAUUUGGCCUGUGCACACAACCGUUCAGCAAUCGUCGGGCUUUUGUUGGACCGAGGAAUAGAUCUAGAAUCCCAAGAUAUUGAUCAGCGCACGCCUUUCCAUGUAGCGUGUGAGAACAAACAUUUGGAAGUCGUUUGGUUGCUGAUAAGCCGAUGCCCAUGGCUGAUCUUUCAGCGGUCUUAA